AUGACGGGACAAGACCCCAACAAUCAAGUCUCUGGCAAUCAACCUCCAACUCAUCCCACUAACCCCUCCGAUAAGACGACCAAUAACCACAAGAGCGGAAAUAGCCAGAAUCAAGUCCAUCACCGAGCCUCGAAGCUCUCAUUGUCAUCCUCAAGCGACUCUUCUUCGAGCGAUUCUUCAAGCGGUCCUGAACCAACACCUACGCCCUCCCCUGCCUAUUCAGCAUCUCAAUCCUCCUCCGACUUUGAUUCCUCCUCAUCCGAAGACCAACACGACAACAGGCGCCAUGUCCGAUUCCGGUCCUACGAAUCCAUUCGAUACUUUGAAGAGGAUGUCCCUACAAAAAAUCCUCCUCUCUAUCCGCACACUCACAGACGCAAAAAGAGGUUCCGCAAAAAACACUUUCCUCUCGAUACCGACAUCUCAUGUGGCCGCUCCAUCUUGGAAACCCUCGAGGGCGACGCUAUCCGCAAAUAUCACAGCGGGAACUCUGGCCGCGCAGAGGAUUACUUCCUCUGGGAUGAGAUGCUUCAGGGGCAACGGGUUGUCACAACACUCAAACGAUCCAAAACAGUUCCCGGAUCCCCGCUGCGAAGUCUCACCAAGGAUGAAGCCUCUGGGUUCUAUCGUUUCUAUCGCUUCCCCCCCACGACUCACGACUAUGUGAUGACAGGAAACCCCUUCGACGACGGUGGACGACAGUCUCGCACCAUUCGGCACUUUCAGCCCACACCGGGGAUGUUCGACUUUAAUUUUGAUAAAUUUCGCAUACAUCAUCAGGGCCCUGAAAUGUCUCGGUUUGAUGUUGAAGAUUGGCUAACACAUGCAUCAGGCCUGGAGCAUCCUUGGGCAGAUAUCGAGCCAUUGUCUUUGGUUUUCCAGACGACCAGCUCCGAGUGCUCAUCCUUGUCAGACAUUUCUGCUGAUUUGACUUCCUCAUACGCAGCCGAGUCGUCCUCUGCAGCUACCACUGGUUUGACUUCUUCAAACACCAUCGGCCAUACCAACCAACAACUGCCUAUCACCUUCUCACAAGGCUAUUCGACCUCGAAUGUUAUCUUUAGUCUUACUCCCGGUUCGUCCUCUCCAAAGCCAUUCAAACCGAAACACAAACGCCGGUCAGCCCCAGCAACCUCAACCAGCACUCGCUACCCCCAGCCAUCGCAACUUUAUCAAUUGGGCGCAGUCGCAACACAGUCGCGUAUUAGCAUCCAUGUCACAGAGGGCAGUUCCGCUCAUCGUCAGGACGAUAAUGGUGCCGGCGUUGGUCAUGGUUCCGGCUCCUUUCAGUCCAACUCACCAGCGUCCCCUCCGUCACAACUCACCUCCUCAACCUCAUCAUUACGACCCACCUCGACCAUUUCAUCACCUCACACGCCAGUCCCUCAAGCAACAGCCAACGGAUCCAACAUCCGCUGCCCCUCAUCCUUGGCCAUGAGCCGACAGCAGCAAGCUUCCGCUACAUCCAACCCAACCGAGACGUUCUCUUGCUCCUCACCGCAACGACAGCGAGAAAUGGAACAAAAGAAACAGCAAGCGAGGCAGCAACUAGGACACCGACGCACAAACGCUCAAGUGAUCUCACAAUUCCUUACACCCCUAUAUAACAUCGGUCAACCCACAUCCUCACGGACCGGACCACCAUCUCGACAUUCAACUCCUGCAUCCGCCGCCCCUUCCAGACCUCCUCCAUCCCGAAGCAGUGCGCCCGCCCAGCCUCUGAGUCAGAUGCCACCACACACAAACGAGACAGGGUCAACCCCUAUUCGCAACAGCACCAAUCCAAGCAACAGUGAUAGUGGUAGUAGGACCAGCACUGGCACUGCAGGCGGAGCCACUCUCGAAAGCUCGACAACCCACCUCUCCUCAGGACCACCCCAAUCCAGCUGGCUGACAAAUCCCAGUCUGGAAGACGUAACCCUACCCGCACUGAAAUACCGCAUUCCAAGACCCGCCACUGUCAGCCCCAUUCUUCAUGCAGUAAUGUCCGCCGCUUCACAUGGACUCGCCUACAACGGCUCCCAGGGAAAAGUAGACGAUGACGACGACGUCCCCAUCUUGGACCUGACCUCGCUGUUCCCUAUGGUGCCCAGGAACGCGGUGUGGGAGGCUAAUGCCAGAGCAUCAAACUUGAAUCCCGGUCCGUCACAGAAACCUCGCACUGCAACCGAGAAUGAGGACGUACGACGUGGAGAACAGACGGACAGGUCGAUCAGGGAUUCUCGGCCUCAGAAGGUCCCAAAGCAGAUACUCCAAAACAACCAUAUCCAAGAGAUCCUGGACGAUUAUUAUAUCGACGAGGAACAAGUCGUCAAUGAGGAUGAGCACUACAACAAAAGUCGAGAAGCCGAAGGCGAAGGAGAACUUGCAGGGGGACACUAUGAUACCCAGGCGCAGAUUGAGAACGACAAGGGCAAAAAGAAAAAGAAGAAAACUCUUUUGCAGCGCGUGAAGAGUGCUUUUACGAAAAAGCCCAAGAAGACUCCUGACGCUGGCUAA